AUGACAAAUGGGUCCAGAUCCCGGUUAUUUGGAAAUAGUGGUGCUUGCAGUGCCUGUGGACAGUCCAUUCCUGCUAGUGAGCUGGUCAUGAGGGCACAGGGCAACGUCUAUCAUCUUAAGUGUUUUACAUGCUCUACCUGCCGGAAUCGCCUGGUCCCCGGAGAUCGGUUUCACUACAUCAAUGGCAGUUUAUUUUGUGAACAUGAUAGACCUACAGCUCUCAUCAAUGGCCAUUUGAAUUCACUUCAGAGUAAUCCACUACUGCCAGACCAGAAGGAGACCUGUAAGGAAAACCACGUUCACCUUUUAUCGCAUGCGUUUGCUACGCUGAGGCUGAAACACACCCUGUGCAUUUAGUGCUGCUGAAAAGUCAUAGAAAUAAUCAUUCGGUAAGAGCUUCCCUCACUUUCAAAAAUGAAUGCUGUAAAAAAAAAAAUUCAAAGGAAAUAUUACUAAUCUGAAAUCAUCCUCGUGAACCUGGAUAAAAUGCUCUGUCUAUACUGCAUCUAAACGUCUCAAUCAUAUAAAUUGUCACUCUUAUUAAUGAAACAAUUUUGUAAAAAGAUUGCCCUCUAAAUGGGUUUAAUGUUUUUACCUAUCCAGCUGUCUAGUUAUGAGAUUUACGCAUCCUGGCAGGCAGUGGGGCACUAAGCCUUUCCAAACCAAAUUCCGUUUGUGACAAGAUACUGUCUUUUCAGUCCUACAUGAUGUAUCUUUAAAUAUUUUAACAGGUUAUGCAGUAUCUUAUGAAAUAUAAAGUGCGAAUGUCUUACCAAAAUGAAGCCUAUGAAAUUAAGUCACAUCUUUAGCAUAUUAACCACACUGAGUUUGUCUCCCUUUUUCCCUGUUAGUUAACACUGAUAAAAUUUGCAUCAUCUCAUUUUAGGGUAAAUGCUAAAAAAAAGAAAGAAUCACGCACUGGCAUAGUAUGACUUGCUAUCAAG